AUGGAACGAGAUCCUGACACAGGUCUUUCCAUUAUUGUGACCGGCGCGGGUAUAGCAGGCCUUUCAUUCGCGAUCGAGGCCUAUAGAAAGGGGCAUAAUGUUAAAGUGAUAGAGCGACGGGCGAAUUUCGAAGAACUUAGUGAUAUGAUCGCUAUACAGCCCUCGGCUCUGCGCACCCCAGCCAAGUGGCCCGGCUUCUCAGAACGCGUACGCAAGAUAGCUUGGGAACCUGUACUUGAACUCUGGAAAUACGAUGGGGAGCAUAUCGACACCAUGCAUACUGGACAGGCAACCGACGGGAGUGCAGCGUUGCCGAUCCCGCGAGCAUAUUUCCACAACGCGUUGCGAGGAGUUGCUGACGAAGUCGGCAUCCCUAUAAGCUUCUCGGCGGUUGCUGAGGAGUUCUGUGACCUUCCCGACUCCGCGUCAGUGCGACUUCGUGAUGGGCAAGUCCUGAAGGCGGAUGUGAUUGUUGCUGCUGACGGGUGGCGGUCGAAGUCGCGACUAGCCGUCGGAGAUAUCCCUGAGCCAAUUAGCACAGGAUACUCGAUAUAUCGGGCAGCAUAUAAGGCUGAGGAGGCAAUGCGGAACACUAUUCUUAAGGAACACUGGAGGAGAGACAAGAGCCAGCUGGAUGUUUUUUUCGGCGCAGAUGCACACGCAUUUGUCGGAAAGUCAGAGGAUAUGAUUUUCUGGACAUUAACAAGACGAGAUCGAGGAGGCAACCUGGAGGAGGAUCUCGCAGAUUUCCAGGUUCCAAUCCAGGAAGCACAGUCUGCGGUGAACGGCUGGGCGCCACUGCUCUCAGCAUUGGUGCAGGAAACACCCAGCAAUGCUGUGAUUGACUGGAAGCUGACCUGGAGAGACCCAGAUCCAAGAUGGUCGACUCCCAACGGCCGCAUCGUACAGAUCGGUGAUGCUGCGCACACAUUCCUUCCAACCUCAGCUAGUGGAGCAACGAUGGCUAUGGAGGACGCAUUCACCUUGGCGACGUGUCUGGCGAUGACAGCAAAGACCGACGUUGCUCGUGCGAUACAGGUCUAUAUCACGCUUAGGUACAUGCGUGAACUAUGGGGUCCUGACAGAGCCAGGUUCGAACGUGUGGCAGCUGCCCAAAAGAUGGGUAUAAAAAACAGAGAGCGAUUUCAUCAUUUAGACUGGGACGAGAUACGGAGGGAUCCCGCAAAGGUGAUGGGUCAGAUACCAAAGUGGAUUUCCGACCACGAUCCGGAGCAAUAUGCGGUGGACAACUUCGAUGAAUGCAUGAAAUGCAUCCUAAUAGGGACUCGGUUCGAAAAUACCAAUUCUGUUCCUGGGUAUAAGUAUGAAGAUUGGACACUCAAGGACCUGAUGGAGACGGUAGAGCGUGGUGAAAAGAUUUUAGACGAUGGCGAUUGGACGUAGGGCAAUGAUACAGAAGCCGAUCCUACAACAGUCUUGAUACCACAGUGCCAUAAUAAGAAAGGAUGCCUCUAGGAGGUGUAAUUACUGUGGGCUCGAAACGAUAGAGACAACGCUAAGCUCGGUUGGCCUUGGAGAGUACGCGUGCCCGGUUGACUGUCAAACAAAUGCUGUUAACUACUAAUUACGAC